UCAGUUACAACGCUGGGAUCAGCGCGUGCGAGAAGGGGGAGCAGUGGCACCAGGCUCUGGCGUUGCUCGCCGAGAUGCGGGAGGCGAAACUGGAGCCCAACGUUCUACAGCGCUGGGAUCAGCGCGUGCGAGAAGAGCGAGCAGUGGCAGCGGGCUCUGGCUCUGCUCGACGAUAUGUGGAAGGCGAAGGUGCAGCCCAAUGCCUUCAGCUAUAGCGCCGGGAUCAGCGCGUGCGAGAAAGGGGCGCAGUGGCAGCGGGCCGUGGCUCUGCUCAGCGAGGCUUGGCAGGUGAAACUGGAAGCCAAUUCAGCUACAGCGCUGGGGUCAGCGCGUGCGAAAAAUGUUGGCAGUGGCAGUGGGCCUUGGAACUGCUCAGCGAGGCGUGGGAGGUCGAGCUGGAGCUCGACCACAUGA